AUGGCUACCAAGCGCAAGCGACAAACAAAAGACCUUGAGAUCCCAGAGCUCUCCCGGGAUGCAGGAGAACGGAAAAGAGUCCUCAACGUUUUGGCUCAGCGACGAUAUAGAGAACGAAAGCGAGAACGUCUCGCGGCCCUGGAAAAGGAACUGAAACAAAAGAAUAGCGAUGGUAACUCGCCUGGCGGAAUAUCCACGGAUAGUGAGGCAGGCCAAUUAUUAUCAAACUCGACAGACUCCUUUCACUCGUCUGCGCAGUCAAGAAGUGCUGAUGACCAUGAAAAGCUCUUGCCGCCCACACCGCCUUCAGAACGCCUACAAUCGCAAGGGCCUUUACUAGAUUUGUUUGUCAACCAGACCUUAUCAGAGUGCGUAUCUGAUAUCUUAGAGGAAUCGGAUUUCUUGGAUCUAUCCCCAGAAGACACACUUCUGGAUCUAGAACUCACCAACGAUACCCUGAGUCUAGAUUCUGUGUUUGCCUUGUCGCCGCCGCUUCCCAGUUCGUCUAUCAUGACAGAGCAGCUUCUCUCGAAUCCUAACAAUCCGGUUGAGGAGAUUAAUUCGAACCUCUUGGGUGAUCUACAGACGCAUCAGGCUUCUACUUUCACGUUUCCAGAUGAGAGAAUCAUAGAAAUACCUACCUUCGCGCUUUUGAAUGCUGUGUUAACAAUUGCUUCUCGCCUUGACCUAAUGGAUAACCUUUGGGAUGUUGAGAGCAUAAGUCCGAUCUUCACCGGCUGUAGGGGAAAUCAGCUAGGUAGCUUGAACCAGAACCCUCCACUUCUACUUGACCUACCAGAGAACUUUCGGCCAACUCCAACACAACGGUUGAUUCCACAUCAUUCUGUUCUUGACCUCUUACCUUGGCCAACAGUACGUGAUAAACUAAUACAAGUAUUCAGCCUGCCGCCACAUCUACGGCCAGCGCCUGCUGCGGAUCCAAUGGGCCUUGUCUCACUGGUAUAUGAUAUAGAGGACCCUACCGAAGGUCUCAGAGUCUCUGGACCGGAUCCCUUCAUGGCAAAUAUGUGGGAAGUUGGACAGCAUGUCUUUCAGCGCUGGUGGUGGGCAUUUGAAGGUAGUAUAGUGGAGAGGAGCAAUAGAUUGAGACGAGAGAGAGGCCUGCAAGGCCUCGUUAUAGGAACUAUCGAGUGA